AUGGAUAAGCAAUCAUGUUUUGUGCCAUUUGUACUACUCGUUGGAUUCAACAUCUUACAGUUCUCAACGUACGUCCUAAAGGUGCCACCACUAUUUCUAGUCUGUAAAAUACUGGUGUUGUUCGUCGUGUUCGGAGGACUUCUUAAAACACUGCUGGGAGACAAGCUUAAGGCUAAAAGUGACCUGGUCAACGAAGUGGUAUCUCAAAGAAACCUGGAGAAGGCAACCAAAGCACUCUGCAGCAACGUAAACCUGUUCGCAAACAAGUUGCUUUCGGUAAUAGUAUGGGAAGACUCAGUAAAUUCGCUCGUUUCACUGGUAGGAUUCUACUUAUUAGGACUGCUUCUCAAAGUGGUGCCUUCUGUGUUGGUAACCUUCGUGCUCUUGUGGGUCCUGUUUCUACACGUGUAUAUGAACGACUUCUUAAAAAAAAGGGUGUUUAUACACCUUGAUCCACACGUAAAGAAGCUUAAGGAGCUCGUAAAGAAAAAUUAUCACACAAUACCGAGGUUCAGGGAAAACAAAACUCUUUAA